CACAGCCAUUAUUACACCUCUAUAAUCAGUAAUCACCUCAGGAGCAUACAUUUCUCUGCUUAUAUAAACAAGCAACAAGAAGUAUCUCAAUCAUACGAGUACAUUUAGUGAUACGUUUCAUAUCGACAAUGAACUCACUCCACGUUGGAAUCUUUACGGUAUUGACCGUGUUCACCAGCACCGUUUUCUCGGCAGUGACCCACGACCAGUUCGUCGAAUUGUUCAACAAACGAGCAUCUAUGCAGGAAGUUCUCGCCGCAGUCUUCGACAACGACCAAGCUACUCAAUUCAAAGAUUUUCAAACUAUCCAAGAGCAUGUAAACGCAAGAGACGAUUAUACUGAUUACGCCAACAAGUUGAAAAAAGCUGCUCAAAGUGUAUUGGACAGUAAACUCAGGGCAAUAGGACACCAAUCUAUCGAUAUCGAAGAAUACAUGACAGCUGCAAAUGAUGUUGCAUCUGGCGUACCUUUGGAAAAUAAAGAAUUGGAAAAUGUAGUUAAAGAAAUGUUGGAAAGAAAAAAUAAAAUGAUGACAGCUUCGGAAGAAGAAAAAAAGCAGCAUUUAGCUGCAAUGACACAGGCUGCCGAGGCUGCUUUUGAGGAAGCUUUGAGUCACGAAUCUGCUCAAUUCCAAAGAUCUCAUGCAGCAGGACAUGCUUAAGUUGAAGAUGGCUGAGAAGAUUGAGAAUUCUAUUCGGAAUGUAUUUUUUAGUAAAUUUUAUUUGUGUUGUUUGUUGAAUAGGUAUCUACCUACAAAUGUGACAUUUUUGGUCGACCAAAGUUUAAACCUAUUUUCUCCUCUUCACGGUGUUAGAAUUAAGUCUUAAUGAAUUAAUAAAUUUAAAUUUGCAAUUGGGA